UCAUUUACAAAACGGUUACAACGCUGCGCCUCAUUUCUCGCUUUCCUUCUCUCUUGUAGAUUCAAAUCCAAGCUCUUGCGAAACAAUGUCGACCGGUGAAAUUGCUUGCUCCUACGCCGCCAUGAUUCUUCAUGAUGACGGCAUCCCAAUCACUGCUGAGAAGAUUGCUACUUUGCUCAAAUCUGCAAAUGUGAACGUGGAAGCAUUCUGGCCCAACCUCUUUGCCAAGCUUGCAGAGAAGAAGGAUCUCGGUGAACUCACCAUGAAUGUUGGAUGUGGUGGUGGCGCUGCGGCUCCUGUUGGUAUGGCUGCUCCGGCCGCCGCCGCCGCCACUGCUGCUGCUCCUGCUGCUGAGGAGAAGAAGCCUGAACCAGAGGAAGAAAGUGAUGAUGACAUGGGUAUCAGCUUGUUUGACUAGAAGAUCGUACAAAAUAAACAUAGACGGUCAUACUGGUUGUCAUCUUGGUUUCAGCCAAUUCUAGGACCUAUUGAUCUUAAUUACUGCUUGCAACGUUACUAUUUUGCCUAUCACGUGGUACAUCUAUCUCAUUUAACUCGUUGACUAUUGUGAAAUUUCUAAAAGUGAUUACCUAUCUUUAAUUAUCUGUGAUGAGUGUGGUUUUUGGUUUGCAAGUAGUUUUAUAUGCUGAAUCAACCUAUUUCAUUGCAUCUUCCCUUGGAAGCAUUGUAAUUUGUGGUUUGGUUCUGGUUUUCACCAUGCAGAGCUCCUUUUGUUAUCCAUCUUUAGUCAUCUGUCAUGGCAUUUAUCUGAUUGUUUGCUGAUACAAUUUCUGCAUAAUGGACUCUUGUUGUGGUCCAUUUUGUUGAUGUUAAGUACUGCAAACUUAUGCCGAAAUGUUAUCAGGUUUCUCCCUCAUUUACCUAAUCUGAUGGUGAUCAAUAUCCCACUCCACCAAGGUACUGCAUUCUUGAUUCUAGAAUCUACAAGACACUUGACUGAGUUAAUAAUUUCUAUCAUAUCGAUAUUAGAAGCUCGUAGAAUUAGAAGCCUCACAAACUCUCCGACGGGUAAGAGCCUAAUUUAGUAGUUUAAAGCCAUCCACGCAUCUAUUCAGUGUUAGAUAGACCAAACUUUUUCGUCGCGCAGAUAUCAGUCCAAUCCAAUCAUCUGUUUCUUUAAAUACCUCUUCUCGUUGCCCCAUCUAACUCCGAAGCCAGCAGCAAAGAGCCUAUUCCCUUUACCAGAAACGAUGUUCUCCUCCCACAAGCUGAGCUUGAACUUCAUCAAUAACGGCAACGAGAAAUCCCAGGUUGCCGGUGAAAAUGUAAAAGCUUCUUCAUCGUCGAUGGCGGGUAAUAGUGAACAGAAGCAGCAGCAAGAGAUGAGAAGGGUACAAUCACCCAGGUUUGCGCUGGAGCUGGAUGGAGUGCACUGUUUCGAAACCAUUGUUCUUCACUGAUGAUCAUUUGCAACUCUCUGAUAUAUAUGCUUGUAAAGUUGUAAUCAAAUAGUUUGUUCUUUUGCUGUUUGUUGAAUUAAGAACAGCUUCAAGAUAACAUACUUGGGUUCUGUUUAUUCGUGUACUUUCGGGCUUGUUAUAGAUGUUACAGUGAUUUCUGGCUGA